AUGAGCAAGGAAAAAGAUGGCAAAGCAGAAGAAGAAGAAGGGCGUAACUGGAGUGAGCUGCCGCCGGAGUUACUGAACCUCAUCGGCCGACGGAUAAUCAAAGUAAAGGACGCGAUCCGUUUCCGAGUGGUUUGUAAGACAUGGUGGGAAACCCUCGCCGAGCAGCAGCCUCUACAGUUCCAUCAAUCGUCAGCCUUGCUGAUGUUGCCGUAUUGCAGCCACAAUGAAGAAGGCAACGGCGCCGGUGAUAGCAGCUGUUGCCGCCUCUUUAUGGACGUGGCGCGCAGCCAAUAUCACCACUUGGGUUUCGAGCAAGCCCUGAAGCAAGCCAAUUGCCGGGGCUCGGCAUUCGGAUGGCUGUUUAUGCUGCAGCGCAUCCCUGUGCUGUUCAACCCUCUCACCGGCGAUCAGAUUUCACUCCCGCCCAUUACUACUUUCCCAGAGUUUUUGGGUUACUUCCCGGAAACAGUCGGCGCUGAAUACCUGACUGUGGAUCACGAUUACGGCGGCCUCUUGUUUGCGUUGGGCAAGAAGUACGUGGAGUCUAUGUACAUUGACAGGAUCGCAAUGUCAGCUGAGCCCAAUGCGGAGGGCUGUGUUUUGAUGGCUAUCUGCUGGGUCCUAAGCAAACGCCGCUUAGCAUUUUGCAAGCCUGGAGGUGACAAGUGGACAUUGCUUCCGUAUCUUAGCGUGGGCGGCCGGCCGGUCUACUAUAGUAACAUAGUCUUCUGGAGGAAUGAAUUCUAUGCUGUUGACAACGACAACAGAAUUCUCAUCUGCGAUCUUGCUGUUCCCAGUGUGUCCUUUCUUGCUGGCAAAGUACGUCAACUUCCCGUCGACUUCGACACCAUAUACCUAGUUGUAGGUCCGGCUGACGAGUUGAUGCUCGUAGGCAGAAGUUUAGCCGAACGCGAGGAGGAUGCUGUUGGUGCCCUAAAUGAACAGCACGAUGCUGGCCGCGAAGAGGAUGCUGUUGGUGCCCUAAAUGAACAGCACGAUGCUGGCCGCGAAGAGGAUGCUCCUGCCCAUAUUGAAGAUGACAGGCAUGAGGUCGAUGAUCAAAAUGUUGAGUACAUUUGGGAUAGUGACACAGAUGAUGAGUGCGAAUGCGGUCCGAGUUAUGAGACCAUAAAGUUUACCGUUUACAAGCUCAAUGAAGAAACAAAUCAAUGGGGUGAGAUUAAAAGCAUUGGUAACUAUGCUUUGUUCUUGGGUACUAAUACCUCCGCCUGCCUCUCUACCCAAGAUCACUCGGGAUAUAAACCGGAUUGCAUAUAUUUCACCGACGACUCUUUCGAGAAGCAUGUAAAGCAUAGGCGUGGUGGUCAUGAUAUGGGCAUAUACCAUCUCAGGGAUGGCACUAUUGAGUCACUCUGCUGUAUCAACUUGUAUGAAAAUCCUUCUCUGGUUUGGCCACCACCUGUCUGGGUUUCGCCUGCUAUCUAUUAG